UCUGGCAGGCAUCAGCACAGGGGCAAGUUGACGGCAACAACACGCAGUCCAUUCAUUUUUACAGCAGCAGGCAUGCUUCAUGGAACCACAAACACUCCCCCCAGUUCUUUCACUUUCCCCGGUUCUGCUUCUGAACUUUACGCGGCUACAGCACCAUGGACCCGCCAUGGACGGACACCGGCGCCCCGGUACGGCAUGCAAAUACGUACUCUGACGUCGGCGAUCAUGUGGCUUUUGGCGUAGAUCCUCCUUGUGAUCGCCAGUUUUUUUUUUUCUUUCCUGUCGCCUGUUGUCUGCUCGGUUAUUGGACCGCCGUGAGAGUAUUUAAACAGAUUUGCGUUUUUCCUCUCUUGGUCGAGCUUGGCCGUUUUUGGGGAUUGUAGCCUUACGCACUACCUGAGCAUCGCGCCAAAAACGGUGUGCAGGUAGCUUCCUGUCAUGCAGUUCCAGGUGUUCGCCCAGCACUGGAGCUGACACUGUCAAUGGGCCGGGCCUUCAAAACAAACUACAGCAGUCCCAUCACCACCAGAUCUUCACCUUCCCAUGCCCUGGACUCUUAACUCCCUCCUGCCACAAAUCUUACCCCGGGGGACGACCCAUCCAGAGACUCCUUGGAUGCCCACUCCCAUUCCAAACUCAGUCCUAUGCUCUCUUCCUCACCUGAUACGACUGACAUCUCUGGCCCCUGGCUGUUCUAGAUAGCUACGACUGUCUAUCCUCAAGUCUGUGACAGCAUUCUGCAUCCUUCAUCCUGGGCACCUUAGCCACUGUUGUAUCACCGCUGGCCAAACACAGGCACAGAGUUUGGGCAGCUGACCACAGAGACAAAUCCAGGAUCUUCUAUCAUCAUGUCCAGUCGAAGGAAGGCGUCCACUCCGUGUAUGAUCCGACCGGAGCAGACCAUGGUGGAGCUGGAUGAUGAUGAUGAGUCACAUGAUAUGGAGCCAACCGUGGAGAACCACAGUAAGGAGGGGCCCAUGGAGACAGAUCUCUCGACAGAUACAGAACCUGCUGUGGAGUUGGACCUAACGGGCAAAGCCUCAGACCCCCCCGCAGCUCCAGACAAACCAGCAAACGAGCCGCCGGACCCGCCCAAGCCUCAGCGCAGACAGCAGGGGGGCUACGAGUGUAAAUACUGCCCGUUCUCCACACAGAACCUCAACACGUUCAAAGAACACGUCGACGCCAACCACCCCAACGUCAUCCUCAACCCCCUGUACCUGUGCGCUGUCUGCAACUUCAACACCAAGAAGUUUGAUACCCUGACGGAACACAACGAGAGGUGUCACCCAGGGGAGAGCAACUUUAAAUUCAAGCGGAUCAAACUGAACAAUCAGACAAUCCUAGAACAGACGAUAGAGGGCUGCAGCAACAACGCGGCCAUUUAUAACACUUCCACUGUCGGCAGAGGGGACGAACUCGGCUCUCUGCCGCUCAACAAACCCACCACAGUCAAGAUCGGUAAACCAAAAAUAAUGUCGUCGGAUAAUAAAAGGACAGAGUCUCAGUUGGGUAAGCUGACCCCGGAUCUGUGCAAGACUCCAAUCACAGCAGUGAACGUGAAUGGGACGGUUAUCAUCCCUGAGACGACUCUACUCAAAGCAGACGGCCUUUCUCACAUUAUGCCUUCCUUACAGCGGCCUCUAAACUAUACUCAGGUGCCGAAGAUCGCAGUGCCCCUCAACACAACCAAAUACAACCCUUCGCUGGACGACAACCUGACACUCAUCUCCUCCUUUAACAAGUUCCCCUACCCGACACAGGCUGAGCUCUCCUGGCUCACCGCAGCCUCCAAACAUCCUGAGGAGCAAAUCAAAGUCUGGUUCACCACACAGAGGCUCAAACAGGGCAUUAGCUGGUCUCCUGAGGAGGUGGAGGAAGCCAGAAAGAAAAUGUUCAACGGCACGAUCUCCUCCGUGCCUCAGACCUUUGCCGUGGUCGCGCCUCAGCUCAACUCCCAAUCCUCCUCCUCUGCAGCCUCCAAACACAUGCAGCAGGCCGCUUCCCUCCUCCAGUCGCUGCCUUGUCAGCUCCUGGGACAGACCAGCCUGGUGCUAACUCCAGUAGCUAACGGCUCUACGGUCACAUGUGCACCGCUGGCAUUCACUGUGUCAAGCCAGGUGGUGCAGUCGCUCAAACGCCCGCUGGCCUCCCCUGUGAUCACCACAGAGAGUAAAAGACCCUCCAUCAUUCAGACCAUCUCGGCACCCAUGGCCGCCUCCAAACUGGCGUCAUCCAAACUUCUCAAUUUCACAGUCGACCACAAUAAAACGUCUGAGCAGCUAUCGGUGCUGAGGUCCAGCUACACACGGUGUCCUUUCCCCGAGGAAGAUGAGAUCUACAGGCUGAUAGAGACCACGGGGCUGUCCAGAGGAGAGAUAAAGAAGUGGUUCAGUGAACAGAGGCUCCUUAACCUCAAAGGCGUUCCUCCUCCUCCUCCUGUGCUGGUGAAAGCAGAGAUGACCCCAGCACCCAAAGAUAAUCCCGUGAAGAAAGCCGUGCCCAGCCACUUCCCCCUGCUGGAAAGGGUGAAAGGAAAGUCAUCGGAGCAGCUGAAGGCACUGGAGGAGAGUUUCCAGAGAAGCAGCUCUCCAACAGAUGCAGAUCUAGACCAGCUGGCCCAGGAGACCCGGCUGUCCAAGACGGAGGUGGAGUGUUGGUUUUCAGAGCGGCGGGCGCUGAGGGACAACAUGGAGCAGGCUUUACUCACCAUGACUUCAAAGACCCCCGAGGACAGAGUGGAGCAGCCGGGGGCGCUGCUGAACGGAGCGUCACAUUGGGAGCAGGACGGCAAACGCUCCUCUCCGCAUCCACCUGCUCUGUCUUCUUCCUCCUCCUCGUCCUCGCCUCCUGUGCUCGCAGCCUCGUCCCCUCAUCCGCCAACCCUGUCCUCCUCAGCAUCGCCUCCCAUCCUCACUUCAUCCUCCUCCUCUUCUCCUCAUCCUCCCAUCCUGUCGGCCUCCACCAGCCCAGCUCCCAUCAGCGGGCGCUCCCUCAGUCUGCUCAGAGAGAUGUUCUGCCGGGCUCAAUGGCCGUCGCCCGAGGAAUACAGCCAGCUGGAGGUCCAAACAAGCCUCGGACGCACAGACAUUGUCCGCUGGUUCAAAGAUCAUCGCUCUGCGCUGAAGAACGGUGAAACUCUGGACUGGUUGGAAAGUUUCCAAAACCAAAAUGUUGCAGAGCAACAGAGAACCGGCCAGGAACAGAACGGAGAGAGCUCUGAUAAAAAACAGAGCGUUUCUUUGGAAGUCAAGGCUGCGCAAACGGAGGAGGCUGGUGAGAACACAGCAGCUUCGACAGAGCACUCUGACCCAGACAAAGUUCAGCGGCUGACUGACAGGUUAGCCCACAGUGAGCCGGAUCUGAGCCAGGCCGGACCUGACCAGACCAGCUCUAGCACUGCUGACAAAGGAAGGUGGGUAAAGGUGACUGUGGCAGUCGGAGAGCAGAGUGAAGACGGAGAGGAACGACAGAAACUGGCAACAGACACUGACGUUCUGACCCUGGAGCAACCUGGAAGGGUCACCGGCUGAUGGUCAUGGUCGAGUAAAUCAUGAACUACCGCGUCUUCGGACAACAAAUCACAGUUCAAGAUGACCAAAGGUGAAAACAGUGUAACAAGCUGUGUGCCUGUGAUGUCAUCACUAAGCACCAGGGACUGUGCAGUUGUGCAGUUAAAGCACUGAUUUUUAAAGGUGCAGAUGCUGACAUUAAGAGGAGUGCCAAAGCUGGACUUGAUGCAUUGUUCUUUCUAUUGCAACACUUUUUUUGUUUUCUUUUUGUUUGUUUUUUAAAGAAGAAGCACCCUUGUAAAUAUUUUUCUGUAUUAUAUUACCAAAAAAAAAGGUUUGUACAGUUUUACUAGGAGGGCAAGUUUUGUUACAUUUAAAAAAGAGCAAAAGGACUGACUGGUGCCCUAAAACCUGGAAUGUUUCUGUUGUUGUUUUAAGAUCAAAGUGUAUAAUAGUUUGUUAUUUGCUGGAGAUCAGUCCUAUUUUUUUGGAAUACAUACAUUUGCAGUACUCGGUAUGAGUAGUGUUUGAUGGCACUUACAUCUCCAUGGUAGUGAUAGAUAUUUACACGCUAGGUCACUUCAUCUCAAACGGUUUAGAAAACAUUUCUCUCUCUUGCAGUGUCACCUUAACUCUGCAUAGAAUCACACUGAAGGUGAGAAUCACUCAGAAGUUUGCUAAUUGCAGUUAAGAGUGACGGUGAGACUCUUCGCUGUGCGGCCAGAGAAUGAACACAAACAGCCACAGGGUCGGACAAAGACGAAUGAAUGAAUGCACUAUGUCCUGACUUUCAGUCUUUUCUAAUCAGCUGUUGUUGUUGUUUUUGAUCAGUACCUGAGGCUCAAACAGUUCAGAAUGUUUUGUUCUUCCUGAUACAGAACUGAUCGAUCACACAAAGAAGAGUGGAGUGUCUGUUUGAUCGCACCUUGCUGCCUUUUCAGCUCUCUUAUCUGAACAUUUGCCAUCAGUCUCAGAACUGCAUACAGCACAAACUGACAAUGAAGAUUUCAGCUUAUCACUUCUUUCUUUUUUCAAUCUUGAAAUAUUAUUGACCAAGAACAUUUUGGCAGAGGUGUUUCACGCAUGAUAAAAUAACUGAACCUCUUUUUAUUUGGGCCAUUUCACAUGUCCAUGUCGCUCAGCUGUGAUCUGUGAAAACGCCUCUUGUCUUCUCUCUAGGCUCGCUGGCAAAGGGAAAUCAUCCAAAUCAAAGCUUCUCGUAGAGCCGGUCCAGACCACUCAGACUGAUUUCUGAAAUCCAGCUUCAGAGAUGCUGAUUUCCUCAAAAACAGUAAAAGCGUUUGGGAUAUUACAACAGCCGAAGCUAUCAUAAACGGCUUGCAUGCGCUCCAACAAUUUCCUUUUCUUUUUUUUUUUUUACAACUCAUUUUCAAAAAUAGUUUAAAAGGGAUUUCUGUGUGUUUCUGGUUGGAACUGCAAGUGCUUGUAAUAUUUCAGCAAGCCGGGAAAAAAAAAAAGUGAAGUUGAACUGUCAGCAAAAAGUGUUUUCAGCAGCAGGUGUACUGCUGUCUGUUGGCUGAAUGUCUGCUGCUGCUUUAGUUUCAUGUUCAGACGAGUAUCUGGGAUACUGUGCACUCUGUCGGCUACUUUCAAAUACUGCUUGCAUUUUCAUUUUCUACUUUAGGUCUGCUGUAACUCAAUAAAAACACAACCAACUGUAAAACU